GCAAUUUGUAGCCCGUCACUUACACCCUUAUUUUUUGGGCUUGUGACUUUUUUUUCUGCAGCUGAAAUCAAGUUCGGCGGAAGUUUAAGGACAAACAUGCAAUCAUAACUCAACAGUUUCAUGUUGAAAAGUGACUUCUAACGGAGUGCAGUGGGGACUUCUCAGAGCAGCAGCGGAACGGAGCACUGCUCCCUUGUAAUCUUUUGUGGUGUUUUUGAACAGAACUGAAUAGGCAAGCCAGCUCCAUCAACCAAGUAUUUUCCAUAUGGUCAAAACAACAUUACAAAAUGAGAGGGGGCCCGAACCAAACUGAUUCCGAAGUGUUUUAAAGAAGCCGCCAGUUGUGGAACGGUAGAAAUCUACAUACCCGUCUUUUCUCCACCCCCCUGAACAGACUUGUUUACUUUAAGUAGCACAGGAACAUGGAUGAAGAAAGUCACCAAGAAAAUGGAGUGGAGAGUGGAAAGGACACGGAUCGGCAGCUUCGUUUACGAGUUUGUGUGAUGAAUGAGAUUUUAAAAACGGAGAGGGACUACGUGGGGUCCUUGAAAUUUCUUAAGUCUUCAUUCCUGCAUAGAAAUCAUCAGAAUGAUGGAGACAAGUCAGAAAAGCAAAUUACUGAAGAACAUCUCAAGAUUUUGUUUUCUAACAUUGAAGAGAUACUUGAUGUGCAUAUGCUGUUCUUGGCAGCUCUUGAGGGUCGCUUACAACCAGAGCCACAACCUCAGCAUGAACUUGGAAAUACCUUCCUUCAGUUUAAAGACCGAUUUUGUGUCUAUCAAGAAUAUUGUAGCAACCACGAAAAAGCCUUGAGACUUCUAAUGGAAUUGAACAAAAUACCUGAAGUGCGGGCAAUGCUUUUGAACUGUAUGGUACUGGGAGGAAUGAAGACAACAGAUAUUCCAUUGGAAGGCUAUUUGUUAACCCCAAUACAGAGAAUAUGCAAGUAUCCACUACUACUAAAGGAGUUGCUAAAACGGACCCCCAAAAAGCACAACGAUAACUCAGCAGUGGAAAAAGCCUUACAAGCAAUGAAAGCUGUGUGCACGAAUAUUAAUGAAACCAAGAGGCAGAUGGAGAAACUGGAAGCUUUAGAACAUUUACAGUCUUCAAUUGAAGGAUGGGAGGGUUCAAAUUUGACAGAUAUAUGCACUGAGCUGCUGCAACAAGGACCUUUGUUAAAGAUCUCAGCUGGAAAUAUUCAGGAACGAGUGUUCUUCUUGUUUGAUAAUUUGCUGGUGUACUGCAAAAGGAAGUCUAGGGUUGCUGGUAAGAAGUCAACCAAGCGCACCAAGUCGAUAAAUGGAGCGCAGUACAUUUUCCGUGGAAGAAUUAACACUGAGGUGAUGGAAGUAGAGAAUGUUGAAGAUGGAACAGCUGAUUACCAUAGCAACGGCUAUACUGUGACAAAUGGUUGGAAGAUCCACAACACAGCUAAAAAUAAAUGGUUUGUCUUAAUGGCCAAAACUGCUGAAGAGAAACAGAAAUGGCUGGAUGCAAUUCUGAAAGAACGGGAGCAGAGGGAGAGUCUCAAGUUAGGCAUGGAGCGUGAUGCAUAUGUCAUGAUCUCGGAGAAGGGAGAGAAACUCUAUCACAUGAUGAUGAGCAAGAAAGGAAAUCUUAUAAAGGACCGGAGGAGAAAGCUGUCUAUUGUCCCAAAGUGCUUUUUUGGCAAUGAGUUUGUUUCUUGGUUGAUGGAAAUCGGAGAGAUCAGUAAAGCCGAGGAAGGCGUGAAUCUGGGUCAGGCAUUGCUUGAGAAUGGCAUCAUUCAUCAUGUUUCUGACAAGCACCAUUUCAAAAAUGAGUUGGUACUCUACAGGUUUCGGUAUGAUGAUGGAACCUACAAACCUAGAAGUGAGAUGGAAGAUAUCAUGUCUAAGGGUGUGAGACUGUACUGUCGAUUGCACUGCCUCUUCACUCCUGUGGUCAAAGACCGAGAUCACCACCUGAAAACCUACAGAUCUGUGGUGCCAGCAAGCAAGUUAAUAGAUUGGCUGCUCAUGCAGGGCGACUGCCAGACCAGAGAGGAAGCGGUCACACUCGGCGUUGGACUGUGUAAUAAUGGCUUCAUGCACCAUGUGCUGGAGAAAAGUGAAUUCAAGGAUGAAUCCCAAUUUUUUCGCUUUUAUGCUGAUGAAGAAAUGGAAGGGACCAGCUCCAAAAACAAACAGCUGCGGAAUGACUUCAGAUUGGUUGAAAACAUCCUUGUUAAAUCUCUUCUGAUUUUCCCCGAAGAAGAGAGCUACGGAUUUGAAAUUGAGGAGAAAAAUAAGACCAUUGUGGUGAAAUCUGUACAAGGUGGCUCUUCUGCCGAGGUGGCAGGUCUUCAGGUUGGAAGGAAGAUUUACUCCAUCAAUGAGGAUUUGGUUUUUCUUCGACCACUUCUGGAAGUGGAGACAAUUUUAAAUCAAUUCCAUUGCAGUCGGAAGCCACUGAGGGUGCUGAUUGCAACAAAACCCAAAGAGAUAAUCAAGGUUCCCGACUCUUUGGAAGGACUGAACUUCCAGAUACGUGGAGCUGCCCCACCAUUUGUUCAUGCAGUUCUGAAAGGGUCUGGGGCUGCAGCAGCUGGACUUCUCCCUGGCCAGUGUAUUCUGAAAGUAAAUGGGAAUAAUGUCAGCAAAGAGAACUACACUGAAGUACUUGAACACUUUAGUGCAUACAGAAAUAAUCCACAGCAUCUCCUGCAAACAAAUUCCAGUCAGUGGAUAUACAGGACUGUUGAUGAUGUCGAUGAGACAAAACAAAGUAAACUCAACACAGAUUGUCUUUGCAGCAUUUCUGAUCUAUCAAUGCAUGAUAAGCUGUUAGAUGUUUCAGCCAGUCAAACAAAAGCAUUUGAUCAUAUCAAUGAGAGCAAACAAGAGGCAGAUCUGCAGUUGAACACAGAUGGGGUGACUUCUCAUAUCAAGAUGACUGUGGAUAAUGUACAUUUGGAGCAUGGUGUCGUCUAUGAGUAUGUCAGUACAGCAGGGAUAAAAUGUCAUGUCAAGGAAAAAAUGGUGGAGCCUAAAGGUUGUUUCAAUUUAACGGCAAAGAUUUUAGAAGCCUUAGCAGCAGAUGACUGUCAGUUUAUAAAGAACUGCAGAGGAUUGAUAUCUUCUAGGAAUUCCCUUAUCUUUAAGUCUCAGUUUGAAUUUCGACAUCUGUGUGAGACCAAGCUCGGCAUCAUUGGCAAGCGAAUUGCUAACUAUUCCAAGUUUGCCCAGGAGUUGAAAAACCGAGCAUGGCCCUCCUUCAAGCAAGCUUCGACCAAAUUGCACCUGUUAAAUAGCACUGAUUUCUGUCCAACCAACUGUCAUGUUAAUGUAAUUGAAGUAUCCUGUCCGAAAAGCACUACCUCUCUGGGAAGAUCUUUCAGCAUACGCUUUGGUCGAAAAAAUUCUUUUCUUGGCCUGGAGCAAGAUCAAGGUAUUAUAAAUCCUAUGAACUACACUCGGCAUAGCAUCACCACCAUGGCAGCACCCCAGUGGAAGUGUUUAAUUAUGGGAGAGGAAGAAACGGACCAGCAGCUGGAUCCAGAAGAGUUGGUAAAUCAACAAAAUGGAGAGGUGACCCAAGAAAGUGGAGGCUUGAGCUUUCUAUUAAAGCAGGAAGAUAUGGAGAUUCAGGACUCUUUCUUCCAGCUUUUUAUUAAACUGGAGAUUUCUUCGAAGGAAAUGAAGCAAUAUGUAAUGCAAAUAAAUGUCCUGCUGUCCUCAAUAACUGAGCCUGCCCAGUCUGAGACUUCAGAGCACACUUCAUCAGACCUCGCACUUGCCCCAUCUGUUCUGAUGGAAGAGAAUGAUAUCGACAGAGCAGAGCACUGUGGAACAAAGCGAGUCUGCUUUGUGGUCAAUGAAGAAGAGCAGGAUGAUUCAGGACAUGAUACAACAAGUUAUAGGGAUUCUUAUAGUGAAUGUAAUAGCAACCGAGACUCAGUGCUGUCCUAUACCAGUGACCGCAGCAGGAGUUCCUAUCUGGGCAGUGAUGAAAUGGGAUCAGGUGAUGAACUGCCAUGUGACAUGAGAAUUCCUCUUGAUAAACAAGACAAAUUGCAUGGCUGCCUCGAGCAUCUUUUUAAUCAGGUGGAUUCCAUUGACGCACUCCUCAAGGGGUCGGUUAUGACCAAAGCUUUUGAAGAGACAAAUGGCAUUAGUACGGAAUACAACAUACAAGAAUUUCGACAGAAAGUUGACCGAAACAUAAAAUAUCGAAGUAUAAUCCAAUCAAAUGUGCAGGAAGACCCCUGGAACUUGCCAUGUUCAAUCAAUGCCUUGGUGGACAAUGUACAGGAAUAUGUCGAAGAUGGGAAAAAUCAAUUGCUUUUAGCUCUACUUCAUUGCACAGACCUGGAGAUACAAUUACGCCGAGAUGUCCUCUUUUGUCAAAGCCUUGUAGCGGCCAUCUGUACUUUCUCUGAGCAGUUGUUGGCUGCUUUGAACCACCGGUAUAACAAUAAUGGAGAAUAUGAAGAGGAGAGCAAAGAGGCCAGCAAGAAAUGGCUUGAGCAGAUAGCUGUUACUGGCGUACUUCUCAACUUUCAGUCGCUGCUUUCUCCAAACGUGAAAGAUGAGCGCAUCAUGCUGGAAGACACCAAGGUCGCUUUGUCCGAUCUGGAUAAUGUAACAUUCUAUUUCAGGCAGCUGGAACAUGAAUACCCAGUAGCAAACAACUCUAUCACUUAUCAUAUAGAUGGAAGUCGGCAAGCACUGAAAGUUAUCUUUUACCUCGAAAGUCAUAAUUUUGCAGAGUUGCCUCCUAAGUUUCAGAAUGGUGGAAGUUUAAAGCUACACACCGUUCUGUUCACCCAAGCUCUUGAGAGCCAGUGUUCUCCAGAAAAUGUGUCAGUAGAAGAAUUUCAACAACAGAUCAAUUCUGCCUCUCUUGAAAAAGUGAAGUAUUAUUAUCGAAAACUCAGGGCUUUCUAUCUAGAAAGAUCUAAUUUGCCUUCUGAUUCUUCUACAACAGCUGUAAAGAUAAACCAGCUGUUACGUCCCCUCAACGCUUUGGAGGAGCUUCGACGACUAAUGGAGUUGUAUAUCAGCCCAAAGCAUUCAACGUCCACAGCGAGCUCAAGUAGUCCCGCUUCUGGAAUUGCAACCUUGCCGAUAUCUUCUGAGCUCUGCAACAGGCUUGGAGCUUGCCAGAUUGUUAUGUGCAGCACUGGUAUACAAAGGAGUACUUUAAGUGUAACCCUGGAACAAGCAGUUAUUUUGGCUCGUAGUCAUGGACUCUUACCUAGAUGUAUCAUGCAGGCCACGGACAUUAUGAGAAAACAGGGUGCAAGGGUUGAGAACUCAGCCAAAAAUUUAAAAGUAAUGGAUCAGAUGCCACAAUCUGUACCAAGACUAUACCGGCUCUGUCAACCACCUUCCGAUGGAGACAUAUGAAAGAUGCUUCAAUGUAAAGGCUGUCCGAAACUUUCCAGAGAGCAAGAGCUGCGAGACAUUGUACAAUUUUAUGAUGUCUGUGUUUUGUUACAGUCGAACUGUGAGGUGUCUGUGUAUGCACAGCAAUACAGUGGCAGUUGUAGCACAGGAGCAGAGCUGCUCUGUUGCCCAUAUUUCCAUUAAUAGCACAGUGAUAGUUGACUGUCCCAACCUGUGUCAGCUUCUGGAUAUAUUGUUAUAUCAACCUAUAAAACAGCUACAAAAUUAAGAACUUGAGGUAUGCACAUGCCUAGUCAUGCAUGGAAUUUUUAGAUCUCUUUGACUGGUUUGUGCCACUGUAGUGAUGGGUUUGAGCACGUUUUCUCAGCAUUGGAAUUCUUCUGAUUUACAUAUGCAUCUCAAGUUAAUGACUAUGCAUGGACCUUGUUUUCAGAUACUAACUGCCUGACUGAAGUAGAAGUAAGAUGCUAUGCAAUUAGGUUGUUGAGUUAGCAGAGAAGCUGCAGCUGUUUCUUUUAUUAAGUACCCAUUGCAUGAUGUACUCUUGAGACCAUCUACGGUACUGUACACGCAGCUAUUAUAUGUUGUGUAACUACAGAAGGCUCUCAAUCCUUCUGCUUUACCAGAGCUCCUGAUAUAUCCUGUACUGUUAAUGAUUCAUUUUUUAAGAACAAACCGUGUAAAAUUCUCUUGAUUAUAAUGCCCCCUAUGGUAUUAUGCUUUUUGUGUUGCUUCUAAGACAGCUUGAAUGUGGUCUACUGAAAUUGUCCAGAUUGUGUUUGUUCUUCUGUUGAAUCAAUAGUUCAAUUUUCCAUUUACUUUCCAAAACCAGCUAUGAGCAGCACAAACUGAGUUCAAAUGCAAAAUGAAAACUAAUCUGUUGGCCUUUUAGGAUAGAAUUACGUUAAUCUAAACCACCUCAAAUUUGUCCAAGCUCCUCAAUGUUUUAUAAAUUCUGCCUGAAUCUUGCAGAGUCCUACAUAAAAGCCUUCAAAUUUUGUCAGUAAAUGUUGCUAUUCCUGACCGUUAUAUACCUGUUGGAACCAGUUUCAUUGUCAUGGCUGACAGUAUUAGCAUCCACUUUUUUUUAUAUUGAGCAACAAUUGAUUAUUUUGUCUACAUUUUUCUUUAAACUAUUUUAUAACAAAAGAUAAAAUGGACAUUUCUUGAAGUUGCAGCCAUGAAACCUUGUGUUUACAUCCGAGUACAGUACUUAAUUCUAAAUGCUUCUGGAACAAUACCAAUUGACACAACGUGUCAACAGCUGGAUAAAUAAGGGAAGAGCUGGAGUCUAACAGACAUGUCACGAAGAAAAAGACAGACUGUAGCCCACAUUAUUUUAGCCUCAGUACAUCUCCAAGUUUUCAGUUUGAAAUUGCUGAUAUUAAGGAUAAAAUUUGAAAGCUAUCUAAUCUAAUCUUUGUUCUGUUUUGUCACAAAUAGCAAGAGAAGAUGCUUUUGUAAGCAUUUUGGUUUUAGUAUUAACUUUAAAAAAAACUCUCUCUUUGCACAAUAGAUAAGUGUUGAAGCAGUUGUCUCAGGGCAAAAGGUUAAUUGGUUAAAUUUUGAAGCCCGUUGAUAGUGCCUUAAAGCUAGAACUAUAAGCUCCUGGAAUUCACCUUCAUUAGGUUGAAAAUUUAUUCAGUAUUAACAUAGUAAAUAUUCUAUGGUUAUAACUAUUUCCUUUUAAAUGUAAAAUAUCUUCUCUUGCAACUGUUUUAAGCGUUAUGUUGACCAUUUUACUGGCUGAGCAGAUAUCGAAUGAGUAUAGCUGUACUUAUUUGUACAUAUGUUUUAAAUUAUGAAUUCAAGUAACUUUUGGCUUAGAAUUCAGGAGGAUGAUAUAAGCAAAGUGAAGAAACUGCUUUUGAUUUAAUUCCAGUUCCGAAUUCCAUGAUUUCCAAUCUGGUCAUUUCCUGCACUGCCUGUAGUCCAGAGAACAGGUCAUUGCAUCACCCCAGUUAAUCAUCUCACACUGAAGCAGAAUAGAUUGUAAUGGUUUGAGAAAUAUGUGACUUAACCUAUGUGCAAUGUCCAAGAUGCUUAGUUCAGCUGAGCCAAACUUGCAAAAAAUCAUAAAAUCCAGCAUUUCAACCAAGAAACUCUGCUUCCUUUUCACGAGAUGUUUAUUUAAGCAGUCUUUGAUGUCUUCAGUGCUGUUCUGGUGGUGAUUUAGUCCUGUAUUACUCGGAGUUCUAACAGAUCUGGAAAUUUACCAUGACAACUUAAUGAGACUGUAUCUAUGUGAUGAAACCUAUGAAAGUGCAAUAGACAGUUCUCUUUUCUUCCUUAAUCCUCCUCCUCUCCCAAUUUUCUUUCUUCUCCUGAAGAUGCUUGCUGGGUAUGAUUACAUAGGUGCUGGCCAUCCUCUUGCUUCCUGCAAGUGUUCUUUCUUAAGGUAUGAGCGAGUUGGGGAUUUCUGGCAAACUGUUCUUAUAGCUGAGUCUCCUCUGUCUUCAGCCAAUGUCCACACAUGCACACUUUACACCAGGGCCUGCAGGAUAGCGAUCAAGGCAUAUUUUCACCCCUUGUUAGCCCAGCAGUGCUGAGUUGCAAUGUCUUUUAUAGAUAUGGGUUAGACACUGCACUUUGUGGAAACUUUCUGCACAAUAAAUAACUCAAUUAAGAAAUAAUAGGCAUUUUUAACUGGUUCCUAGUUUUGUUUUUCCUACAUUGCACAAUAUGGAAGAUCAAUUUAUGACUUAAAAAAGGCAUCUUUUUUCCCUUGCUCAUUGUGUACCAGCCUAAAACUCCAAGUUUAAGGGAAAAUUUGAAAUUGGAGCAGCCAAUUUUUAAAAUUUCAUGUUAGUCCAAAUGAAUAUUUUAGCAGCAGCUUGUGGCUUGAUGUUUGCCUGCUCAGCCUGUAAUUAGGUCAAAUAUUGAUUAUAAUAUGUUUAAAUUCAGCAGAAAAUGAGUUCACUGAAUUUGGAUCUCGAGUAGCAAUCAAUUGUCAUAACUAAAAUAUCUGUUCAUAGAAAACUUGUACAUACAAUUACACUCAAUUUAAAAUGCCUAAUUCUGCACAAACAGAGAAUGGUACAUUGUUAUUCUGAUUCUUGUCUAAUCUCUGUUUACUGGUGGUAUGCAAUUACUUGUUUUAAACAUUCAGGAAUAUUAACACAAUUCUGUUUCAUUUAAAGUCCUAGAUUGCACCUCUUGUUUGGAAGAUGUCAAUUCACAGAUCUGUAAAAUUAAGACAAUCAUUUCUCUUGAUUUUGGAUUAAGGGACCAAGCCCUUGUAACAGUUUCUGUCAUUACCAGUGCAAUACUUUCUUUAUCAAAGACCAGCAAGGAAGAGGUGCACUUUCAUCCAGUGACUUAUUAAAAUUUGACAAAGCCAUUGUUGUGUAUAAUGCUAGUAACCAUUGUUUUGCUAAUGUUGUAAAUAAGUCGGGUUGAUGUAGUUUUUCUUCUGUAAUUCUACAGUUGUACAGUGAGUGGUUAAUUUUAAAUGCUAUUUUAUUGAACUAGUUAGAUUGUCAGACUUAACCUGUUAGCAAAUAAAUUUUUAUUUACAUUUGAGGAUUGGAUGUGCCUUUAAUCCUGUUUUCAUUUAAUAAUUGUACUUCAUUGUAUUUAAAGAACUUUCCAUCCCAAAAUAUCUAUAGCAGUGGCUAGUCAUUCACAAGCACACUUUAUUGUUGAAAUAUCCAAUACAUUAAUCAUUUUACAAGAUACAAGUUGGCCUAAUGAAAUUAUGUACCUUAUUUUCUAACAAAGAUUUUGUUAAGCCAUUUUCUGUUUACAUCUUUGAUCUGUUGCACUAGUUUCUGCCAAUCACAGAGCCGAAAUGCAUUUGCAGAGUGGAAAUUAAUGGCACUUUUAAAUAAGCACAUUGCAGAAUAUCAUUCUUUGCAAAAACAAGUUUAGGGAAUGGAUCAUGCUGAGAUUGGCUACAACAUCCAUUCUCAGUGCACUAACUGGCGUAAUACUGGACUUCUUUAUUCAAAACUUGGCCACUGAGACUUGAAUUGUUGCUGAUGCUCAUCAGAAAAUCAUCAGUGGCCCAUACACGUGCAAAGGAAUUGGGACAAUCGGUCAGUUGUGGAGUGAGGAAGAGUUUUAGAUGAUAUGACUGAACUGCAACAGUUGGAAUGAUGCUUGAACAAUAUUUUGCGCUGAGUGCAUCCUUCCCUAUUUCUUUCUGAAGCUUUUUAAAUUACUGAAAUCCUGGAAUUGGAGACAUUUAGAGGCAUUAUGGAAGUAAGAAUUGUAGACCCUUUGCAAUGUAACUAUCUUGUGCCCAAUAAAGUAUUUCGUCAAUCAUGAA